UGCGUUUUGUGUCUGUCUGCCGCCUUUUCGUGCUGUGUUUCGUCGGCUGGUUACUGAGCAUUUCUGCACUUUUUGGAAGACGACAACCAACAUCAUUCAGCCAACAAGAUACACUGUUUCUGCUAUGUAGUAAUAUUUUGUAGCUGUUAUCCAUAUUGAAAGUAAUCAAAAUGGCUAAUUCGGAACUGAAGUCAUUAUUUCAUUUAAAGAGGCUGCCAUCUGGUCUGCCGCUGCUGCUCUGCCUGCUGUACACACCGCUGGGACUAUGUCUGCUGGUGGUGCGGUUCUUCAUCAGUGCCCAGGCCCUGCUGGCCUUCACUGUGCUCCAUUCAGACAGCCCACUGCGCAGCUUUGUGGUACGAGUCAUGUCUGCGGUGCUGGGAGUGGUGGUUCGCACCGAUCCUGACCACCGGCCGGACGGACGGCCGCGCCUGCUGCUGGCCAACAGUGUCUCCUGUCUGGACCCGCUGGCGCUCCAGCUGGCCACCUCAUGCGACUCGGGCUGUGCGGCCGGCACCUGGUCAGUGGUGCAGUACGCCCUCCGUCAGCGGGUGCUCGCUAGUCCGGAGGCUGUACAGCAGUUCCUGGCCGCAGAGGGCCGCUCGCUGCUGCUCCAGCCGGAGGGCGCCAACACCAGCGGACGCGCCGGACUGCUCAAGUUCUCGCCACAGAACGUGCCGACCACGCUGGAGGUGCAGCCGGUGGCGAUCCGCGCCCAGCGGCUGCCGCUGGCCGACGUCAGCGUCAGCACCCUGACGUCAUCGGCGCUCUCCGACCUGCUCUACUUCCUGUUCGUGCCGGGCACCCUGUUCACCGUCAGUUUUCUGAAGCCAAUUAAGAUGGAAGAGGGAGAAGCGAUUGCAGAAUUUUUGGAACGCGUCCGACUGGCAAUAGCACUUCAUUUGAAAAUAACGCCUACCAAGUUUUCUGCAGGCGAUAAAGCAGAGCUGGUGAAGCGCGAGACGUUUGUGGCGGCGCCGCGGCCUCCCCGGCCGGCCGGUGUCGGCGCUGAGCUGCAGAGGAUGGCCGGCCAGGUGAAGGAGGUGCUGCCCCGCGUGCCCCUGGCCACCAUCAUGACUGACCUCAAGCGGACCCGCAGCGUGGACCAGACGAUCGCCAACCUCCUGGAGGGUGUGGUGCGGUACGUUCCGGAGCCGGCCGCCGCCGCCGCCGCCGGCCCGGCCGCCGGCGCCGCGGCGGGGCCGGCCGGCGCGCCGCUGCGGCCCGGCGCCACCGACCUGCACACGGGCGCCGAUACGUUCUCCCGUACCUCGGCCGGCCGACAGCUGUCGUUUGAGGAGCGCAAACGGCGCCUGCUCGAGAACGCCCGGCGGCGCUACAUCGAGCGACACGGUCUCAAGGUGCCGGGCUACAACUGCUGACGGCGGCCCGGCUGCUGAGACUGCUGAUCGCUGCUGAGCCUGCUGAUAACUGUAGACGGUGAUGUACCCUUACCCGACGGGUCACCGGGGCGGGCCACCGCGCCGCUAACUCAGACCCGCCCCCUGUCUGGCCGACCUUCCGUCGAGACAGACGGCUGCAGCCGUGUCGGCUGCUGAGAUCUGUACAUUACAUGUACCGCCAACCGGGGAGCUGGGGCUCUGUCCCGGGAAUCUGAGCAAUUAUGACGGAGCUGGCGUAGCUGGCUUCCCAUACUGACAUGAAUACUGCUGCUACGUCGUGAGCUUGUUUGUUAGAGCGUCAGUCUCUUGUGUAAGAUCCACUCCGGACUGCCCGAAUGAGAUAGCGAGCAGCUCGCUAGUACCGUACCGAAUAUGUAUUUUCUGGCAGUGAUACCUGGACGUGAGAUCGUGGUUGUGUGUCCCACGGUUGUCAGGCGCCGGGCUGUCGGGUCGUUGUUGAGUUGACAGGUGUGUGGUUGGUACUUUGUCUGGGUGGGAUGGUUCAGUGGGGUGCGGUGGCGGGCCGGUUUCUGGUCCACGCCAGACCGCUUGGUCCGCACUGGAUCGGCUCUCACAGGUCCCGUCUUGCCGCCGGUUGCGUUCGCUGCUGGUGGUGUCUGAACCCCCGCUGUCCAGCCCGUCUCCAGAGUCGACCGCCAACGCUGGCACGGAUUUUUGGUACGGAAUGUCAAACAAUUAUGACUUAAUAUAA